AGCAUAAUCAUUUCUAGCUCUUGAUUUAAAGUGAGAAACAGGUGACUGUUCCUUUCACUUGAACACUUAGAGGCCAUUGUAGGAUAUUAAUUGGCCUAGUUUCAUGUUGAUCAUAUUCUUUAUGUUGUCAUGGUUCUGUCAUAAUUCUUUUAGUUCUAUGUUUUAAUAGUUUUGGUGCUCAUUACCAGUACUGUUGCUUCUCCAUUCCCGAGUUAGUCUAUCUCCUGAUUGAAUUUCAUUGUCAGGCAGUCUUUUCAAGUUACAGGUGCAGUGGCUUCUAUGUUUUGGGUUGAUGCUGAAUUAGGGAGUGAUAUUUACCUUGAUGGUAUCAUAACUAUUGUGGAUUCAAAAUAUGGAUUAAAACAUUUAACAGAAGAGAAACCUGAUGGCCUUAUCAAUGAAGCUACUAGGCAAGUUGCUUUGGCAGAUAUCAUUCUCAUUAAUAAAACAGACUUGGUGCCAGAAGAAGAUGUAAAGAAAUUAAGAACGACAAUUAGAUCCAUAAAUGGACUAGGACAAAUCUUAGAAACACAAAGAUCGAGAGUUGAUCUCUCUAAUGUAUUAGAUCUUCAUGCCUUUGAUAGUCUCUCUGGAAUAAGAGACCGAGAGGUUGACGUCACUCCCAAUAUCGGAGGAAGUAUACACCCCCGUGUGAGAUGUUCCUUAAUGAUAUUCCACGGCGGAGGGGGUGAUAUGACUACAUACAUGGCAGAAAGUGGAAACCCCCCAGGGAUAUUAUUCCCACGAUCCUGGAGGGAAGAAGAUGAUGUUACUUUCAAUAUGACAGAAGGUGGAUGAAGUGGUGGACUGCCCCUCCACACCUGUGGACACGCCCCCACUGAUAUUCCUUCUAAUUGCAACGUGGGAGAGGAGGAUAUGACACGCGAUAUCGCAGGGAGUAGAAACACCCCUGUGAUACUGUUCUUCAUAUUCAGGGAGGAAGAGGAUGAUAUUACUCCCAAUACAGACGGGUGUACACCCUCUGUACACCGAGGGUGUACACCCGUCUGUGAAAGAGUUCGUAAUCUCCAGAGGGGGAGAUGAUAUUACUCACAAUAUGGUAAAGAGGCUGUGAGUCCACGGAGGAUCCUCAGAGCCAGCGGGGGAAGAGGGGCUGGCUCUCAGUCCCCGCCUCGCGGGGGUGCCUCCCCCCACUGCGAUGGGGGUCCUAAGAGCCAGUGGGGGAAGAGGGGCUGGCUCUGAGACCCCGCCUCGCGGGGGGUGCCUCCCCCCCCUGCGAUGGGGUUCCUAAGAGCCAGUGGGGGAAGAGGGGCUGGCUCUGAGACCCCGCCUCGCAGGGGGUGCCUCCCCCCCCUGCGAAGGGGUUCCUAAGAGCCAGUGGGGGAAGAGGGGCUGGCUCUGAGACCCCGCCUCGCUGGGGGUGCCUCCCCCCCCUGCGAAGGGGGUCCUAAGAGCCAGUGGGGGAAGAGGGGCUGGCUCUGAGACCCCGCCUCGCGGGGGGUGCCUCCCCCCCCUGCGAUUGGGGUCCUAAGGGCCAGUGGGGGAAGAGGGGCUGGCUCUGAGACCCCGCCUCGCGGGGGGUGCCUCCCCCCCCUUCGAUGGGGGUCCUAAGAGCCAGUGGGGGAAGAGGGGCUGGCUCUGAGACCCCGCCUCGCGGGGGUGCCUCCCCCCCUGCGAUGGGGGUCCUAAGGGCCAGUGGGGGAAGAGGGGCUGGCUCUGAGACCCCGCCUCGCGGGGGGUGCCUCCCCCCACUGCGAUGGGGGUCCUAAGGGCCAGUGGGGGAAGAGGGGCUGGCUCUCUGUACCCGCCUCGCGGGGGGUGCCUCCCCCCCCUGUGAUGGGGGUCCUUAGAGCCAGGAGCAGAAGAGGGGCUGGCUCUCUGUACCCGCCUCACGGGGGGUGCCUCCCCCCCCGCGAUGGGGUUCCUAAGAGCCAGAAGGCUUAGAGGGGCUGGCUCUCAGUCCCCGCCUCGUGGGGGGUGCCUCCUCUCCCUGCGACGGGGGUCCUAAAGGCCAGUGGGGGAAGAGGGGCUGGCUCUGAGACCACGCCUCGCUGGGGUGCCUCCCCCCACUGCGAUGGGGGUCCUGAGGGCCAGUGGGGGAAGAGGGGCUGGCUCUGAGACCCCGCCUCGCUGGGGGUGCCUCCUCCCCCUGCGACGGGGGUCCUAAGAGCCAGUGGGGGAAGAGGGGCUGGCUCUCAGUCCCCGCCUCGCGGGGAGUGCCUCCCCUUCCUGCGAUGGGGGUCCUAAGAGCCAGGAGGGGAAGAGGGGCUGGCUUUCAGUCACCACAGCUUGGGGGGCCUUUAUGUUCUGGUUUUUACCCAAGAGUCAGCUGAUUUGCUUCUUGUACUAGCAGGGCAGUUGCUGCCAAGGCCCUCAAACAGGGGGGCCAUCCUUUAGAAACCCUGUCUAGCUGUUUAGAGAGGUAGGCCACCGGCCUCAGCCAGGGCCCCACAGUUUGGGUUUAAAGUCCAGCUGCCAUCUUUUCUCUGACGCAUACAGUGGAAAAGGCUUUGUGAGAUCCGCUAGCCCCUGGGCUGGGGCUUUCAGAAGUUUUUCCUUUAAGUCAUGAGAGACUUGCUGUUGUUGGAAUCCCCAUUCCAAAUGUUGCCGGUCCCCGCCCCCUUUGUGACGUCAUACAAAGGCGUGGCUAAUACUGCAAAGUUGGGCUCCGCAGUCUACAAAACCCCACAGCUCCUAGGAAUUCUCUCACCAGCCUUCUGCCCUUAGGCUCCGGAAGAUUGCAAAUGACCUGCUUUCUUUCGGAUCCCGGGCUGCUUUCGGACACCUGUCGAAUAGUAAAUCCCAAGUAAGCUACCUGCGGUCGUCGGCAGAUCUGAGUUUUCUUCUUGGACACCUAAUACCCACAGCCCUCCAGAGACCGAGAGGUUGAUGUCACUCCCAAUAUCGGAGGAAGUAUACACCCCCGUGUGAGAUGUUCCUUAAUGAUAUUCCACGGCGGAGGGGGUGAUAUGACUACAUA